CCCAUUUCCAUGGCCUCCGUUGAGAAUUCCUUGAGCUGAACCCAAUCCAUCCCUAGAUUUUCAUUCAUUUUGAUGAGAAGCAUAUCGAUGGUUGACGAUUUCUAACACGUUGUAGCGAAUCAAGAAAACCAAAAAAGAAAAAGAAAGAGAAGAUCAAUCAAGAUGGCAUCCAAGGGAUAUGGACAGGUAUCAGGAGCAGACCAGGGCGGUAAAUCGAAAAAGAUGGCCAUCAUGGGCCUCUCGUCUCUAAUCCUGGUGGCCAUGGUUGUUGCAGUCGCCGUCGGCGUCUCUAAGAAUAAGGGCACCUCCGGCCCCAGCACUGAUGCAGGUGAUACUACUGAAAUCAAGACCUCCUCAAAAGCAAUCACGGCCAUCUGCCAACCCACCGAUUACAAGGAAUCCUGCGUCAAAAGUCUCUCGUCUGUUGCCGGGGACAAUACGACAGACCCAAAAGAGCUCAUCAAGCUUUCCUUCCAAGUAGCCAUAGAGAACGUGAAGAAAGCCUUCAAUGAAUCAGCUACCUUGCAGGAGGCCGAGAAGGACCCAAUAGCUUCAAAGGCCCUUGAGAACUGCAAGGAGCUCAUGGACUACUCCCUCGAUGAUCUUAACAGCUCUCUUGAUAAGUUGGGCGAGUUUGAUCUUAGCAAGCUUGAUGAUCUGCUAGAUGACAUCAAAAUCUGGCUCAGUGGGUCCCUUACCUAUCAAGAGACAUGUGUGGAUGGCUUCGAUGGAUCGAAAAGUGAUGCUGGAUCGAAGAUGAAGGAGGCCAUCCGAGGGGGUUCGGAGCUAACUAGCAAUGUCAUAGCCAUCGUUGAUGAACUCUCUUCAAUCCUUACCUCUCUUGAUCUCCCCUUCUUAAAUCGUCGGCUCCUUUCAACAGAUGGGGAUGCGGCCGAAGAUGAGAUCCCAUCAUGGGUCUCGAGUGGAAGGCGUGGACUCCUUAGCUCACCUCUAGAUAGCCUUACUCCUGAUGUGGUGGUCGCUAAGGAUGGCAGUGGAAAGUUCAAAACCAUCAACGAGGCGGUUGCCACUAUCCCCAAGAAGAGCCCCAACCCAUUUAUAAUCCACAUAAAAGAGGGAGUAUAUGCGGAACAGGUGACAAUCGACAAAAGCUUGAUGAAUGUAGUCAUGAUAGGUGAUGGACCGACAAAGACAAAGAUCACCGGCAAGGCGAACUUCAUCGAUGGGACACCCACAUUCAAAACUUCAACUGUUGCGGUGAUCGGUGAGGGUUUCAUGGCCAAGGGUAUUGGAUUUGAGAACAGUGCUGGCGCUGCGAAGCAUCAAGCUGUGGCAUUGAGGGUUCAAUCAGACAGAGCCGUGUUCUUCAACUGCCAGAUGGAUGGAUACCAGGACACACUUUAUGUCCACACUCAUCGCCAGUUCUACCGUGAAUGCACCAUCUCAGGCACCAUCGAUUUCAUUUUCGGAAAUGCUGCUGUUGUCUUCCAGAACUGCAAGAUAAUAGUAAGGAAGCCAAUGGACAACCAGCAAAACAUCAUCACAGCCCAAGGAAGGAAGGACAGACGUGAGCCGACGGGAAUCAUCAUCCACAAUUGCAACAUAGUAGCAGACCCUGAGUUGUUUCCGGUCCGCAACAAGCUUAAAACAUACCUUGGUCGACCAUGGAAACUAUACUCUCGAACCUUCUUCAUCCAAUCUGAUAUCGGUGAUCUGGUGCAGCCAGUUGGUUGGUUACCAUGGGAAGGAGAUUUUGCUCUGAACAGCUGCUUCUAUGCUGAGUAUGGCAACCGAGGGGCAGGAUCUGAUACAUCACAGCGAGCUAAGUGGAAGGGAAUCAAGGGUCUGACACCCGAGCGAGCGGAGAAGUUCACCGUCGCUCGAUUCAUUCAAGGGAAUUUGUGGCUGAAGAAGAGCGGAGUGCCGUACACACCGGGCUUGAUGCCUGCCUAAGAGCUUGGAUAAGUAUUCAAACGGAUUGCAGAUUUUUUCUUGCAUAAUGAAGUGCAACAAUAAGAUUUUAAUCAGGAGCUAACGUGAUCAAGGGUUGUAGAGAUGGUAAAGAUGGGCCCACCUUUAUCAUCUUCUCCAAGAUCUAUCAUUUGUUUUUCAGAAGUUAUAUCUAAAUUACAGGUGCAUGCAGAUUUGUAAGAAACAUUC